GUCUGCUCUCCCACUUCGACUGGAAUACUGUGCUUACUAAGGUUGCUGCUUUGCUAUCGCUGUGUGUCUCAUCCAAAUCUUGUUCGGGACACCAAGAGCCUGGAACUGUGAGGCACCAUAAGGUAACAGCAGCUAUUGGGCAGCGUGGAGUCUAGUCCAGGAUCAGGCUUCGCCUACUGACUGGAGUCCACAUCCCCGGGGGACGCGACGGCCAGAGGGCAGAGGUGAGCAGAAUGCUCACGAGGCCCUGCCCUGAAUGAACCCAAGGGGUCAGAAGGGAUAACUGCAGGACUCGCAUCUCCCACCCUCCGCCCUCGCUCCUCGUAGUUGCAGCAAGAGGCUUCGGGCUCAGGAUCAGAAGGAGCUCAUCCCGAACCCCGGGACCUUCUGGCGUCCUCACCAUGCGACCGAAUCUCCCCGCAAUGAACAAUGGCUUCAAACGAGCUGGGAGCCGGCACCGACCUCUGGCUCUCGUUCCACACCCCUUCCCCGUCCCCACAUCCGCCGAAGCCCCCGGUUCUACCCCGUGUGCCUACCACAGGCGUCCGCGUGCCAAGCCGUGCUUGGGACACCGAAACCGUACCUGGGAAGAGCAAGCACACUCCCUACCGCAAACACGGAAGAACUUAACCCAGUGUUGACCACACCCCCUGGCCAGGGGCGGGGCUUCCGGCUCCUCACUUUUACUUCCGCUUCCGGUUCCCAGCGUUAACUGCGGCCGGGGUUCAGCGCUCGUACGAGGACCUAGUGGCGUCGGCAGGUUCGAGGCGAUUCGAGCUCCAGCUAGGAUGAUCGAGGUUGUUUGCAAUGACCGUCUGGGGAAGAAGGUCCGCGUUAAAUGCAACACGGAUGAUACCAUCGGGGACCUUAAGAAGUUGAUUGCAGCCCAAACUGGCACCCGUUGGAACAAGAUUGUUCUGAAGAAGUGGUACACGAUUUUUAAGGACCACGUGUCUCUGGGGGACUAUGAAAUCCACGAUGGGAUGAACCUGGAGCUUUAUUAUCAAUAGAUGAGAAUUCUCAUCUUCCUGCUGCCCCACUCUCCCCUCCCAUCCUCACCCCCCACACUGGGAUAGAUGCUUGUUUGUAAAAACUCACCUUAAUAAAGACUUAGAUGUUC